AUGGACAACAAGGAAAUCCCUAGGCAGAACAACCACACCACCUCUGCAUAUUUCAUGGUCAAACGGAAACGAGGUCGCCCAAGAAAACACCACAAGCCUGAUGACUCCAACAACCACUCUCCUCCAGGGUUUAGUAGGAGUCAGCACCAGUCUCUCCAGAUUGACGCUAUGGUCGGACAACAUGUUACUGGUGUUAUUGAAGCAGCCUUUGACGAUGGGUUCUUGCUUUCAGUUAAGGUUGGGGAUUCAGAUACCAUGCUUAGAGGUGUGGUGUUCAAGCCUGGUCACUUCCAUCCUGUAUCGACUGAUAACGAUGUUGCUCCUCAUGUUCCAAUGAUUAGAAGAGACAAUCACCUUGUGGAUCUUCACGGAUCAGAAGCUCAAGGUGGUCGCAAAUCGAGUUUACAUGAGAAAAACGUGGGGCUAGAGCACUGGUUCCGGUCCACCACGGUUAUAUGCAGACCAAGACCGAGUCUCAAGUGA